AUGCCGUUGGUGGGUGUAUCCAUGAAAGGGACUCAUUUGAGCCUGGCGGGGGCCGGACGAUGUGGGGACCUGGACCUCAAUGCGUUGGACGUCGAUCAGCAGCAGCUGCUGCUGGAGGUCUUGAACCACAGCUCCUGUCAGAAGGUGGGGGUGGACUUGGCCCCCACCAUUCAGGUGCUCUCCAGGCUCGGUGACUUGGACCUCAGCUCCUGGGCGGAUCUCUCGGAGAUGCUCUGGGCCGAAGGCGUCACGCUGCAGCGCCUCUCGCUGCCCGAGCUCCGCGCCUGGCUGCGAUCGGAAAGGCAGACGCCAGCUUCCGAGUGCAGGGCGUUGUGGCCUGUGGUGAAGGGCGUGAUCGCGUUAUGCCGCGGAGUUGCCUGA